GCCGCUUUUCGCUUUUGUUUAUUUUCUUGUGGGUUCGAAGCGAGAUUUGAAACUGGUGGAGGGGUUGUUGUGGAUACUGGAUAAAUAGAACUCGAUUAUAAUUUUGAAUUUUAUUUUAGUGGGUUUUUUUGUUUUAAUUUAGCUUUUCUUUUACAUUUUAAUAUUAAUGGUUUCUAUGUAUGUUUAUCUGGAAAGGUGUAGAAUCCUUUUGUAAUUUCAUUAAUUUGUCUGGAGAUAAUAUGUCAGAUACUGAAACCAUAUCUUCCUUACGUAAAGCUCGAUCUUUACCUGUUAAUUUAGUUAGUCAGUCGGACCACUCAAAUCACGAAGAAUCUGGAGAUGAUAUUGAUGAGACAUCAAGCAUUGGGAGUGCAUCUACAUUUGACAAUGCCUCUCGUAGUGAUACACCAACAAAUAGAGGUCGUCGCAAAGGCAAAGGACGAUGGAAAUUUAAGAAUUGCAAGCUAGCAUACAAAUGUACAACAUAUAUAAAAGAAGAUCAUGGACAACCCUUAUUUGGUGUGCAAUUCAAUCCCUACUUAAAAGAUGGACAGAAGGUUUUUGCUACUGUAGGCAGUAAUAGGGUGACUAUUUAUGAAUGUACUGAAGAAAGCUUUAAAUUAAUUCAAGCCUAUGCUGACCCUGAUACAGAUGAAAAUUUUUACACCUGUGCUUGGUCAUAUGAUGAUGUGACUGGACAUCCUCUUUUAGCAGCUGCUGGAACUAGAGGGGUCAUUCGUAUUAUUGGUCCUGCAGUUCAAAAAACAAUCAAGCAUUACAUUGGACACGGAAAUGCCAUAAACGAAUUGAAGUUUCAUCCGUUUGACUGUAACAUUUUACUGUCUGUUAGUAAAGAUCAUGCUCUACGCUUAUGGAACAUUAAAACAGACCAAUGCAUAGCAAUAUUUGGUGGUGUCGAAGGGCACAGAGAUGAAGUUCUGAGUGCAGACUUUGAUCUUCUAGGUGAAAAAGUUGUCUCUUGUGGAAUGGAUCAUUCUCUAAAAAUCUGGGAUCUUAGAGAGCAACAAGUACGGAAUGCUAUUAAGGAGUCUUAUGAAUACAACCCUUCAAAAACAAACAAGCCAUUUAAUACCCUCAAACAGCAUUUUCCUCUGUUCACCACACGUGAUAUCCAUAUGAAUUAUGUCGACUGUGUACGGUGGAUGGGAAAUUUAAUUCUUUCCAAAUCUUGUGAAAACUGCAUAAUCUGCUGGAAGCCUGGACAGCUUGAUCAAACAGAAAUCUCUAGUGCAGAUACUUCGGUGACUAUCAUUCAACGAUAUGAAUUUAAAGAAUGUGAAAUUUGGUUCAUGCGAUUUUCAUUAGAUGCUGAACAAAAGAUUUUAGCAUUAGGUAAUCAAGUUGGCAGGGCUUAUGUGUGGGAUUUAGAUGUAGAUGAUCCUGGAAUGGCCAGAUGUACAGUCCUUACACAUCCAAAAUGUAACAGCCCUAUUCGUCAGACUAGCCUCAACAAAGAUGGUUCUAUACUUCUGUGUGUUUGUGACAAUGGUUCUGUAUGGAGAUGGGAUAGAAUAAGUAAAGUGUAAAUAUUUGUUUUUAUGAGAAUCAAUAAAAUCCAUUUUUUUU